AUGCCUUGUCUAGCAACAUCAUGUUUAAGUCCUCUAUGCCUCAGCUCCUCACCUUCUCUUGACGACAUCAGGGGCAAGCUCUCGCAGUUCGAUCUCUACUACUACAACUACAAGUUCGAGAGAUCUAUCAGGGAGCUGCGCAGCAAUGUCAUGGACUACCCCAACAAGACCACUGCCAACUCCAGAUGCAUCGAUAAUAACCUCAGACAGGUUCUCUUCUCAGAUAUAAAUGCUGAUGAGAAACUGACUGUUAGAAUACGUCCUCUCUGA